AUGUCUGAAAAAUCCUCCAAACCAAAAAUUCCCCCGCGGGACAAAGACCGCCCCGUUCCAAUGAACUGGGACGGUACGCCCGAGGAAUUAAACACGCAGCUUUGCCUUAUGGAGACCAAGUGCGUCAUAUUCCGACGCAGAAACCAGAAAAAAACAGGAAAUGGCACACUGGAAAUCGGUGCGGACGUGACCAGCUUCCGCAAGUUCGUGCAAAAAGUCGACGAAAUACCUGGGCCGGACUAUGACAACGUUGACGCAAUGCUGGACGACUGCUACCUGCUCGCCUUGAGAAAGACGAUUACGGCAACUGCAUGCAACACAUUCCCUGCCGCUUUCACCGAAAAUGGCCAUGUUCGCCUUGAACGAAAACCCAUCGGCAAACCUCCAGUCGCCGAAGCAUAUGGUGUCAAAUGGUUUUAUGUUGUCGACGGUCGGUACGUUCUGACCGGAGAGAAACUUGCGGAAUACUUCCCAUGGAUUCUUGGAAACAACCGUCCAGAAUCGCUGAAAGCCAAGUUCAAGGGCGGCCCGCGGGAAUCGCCAUUUUCAAUUGGUUUUGUCUCGAUCCCAACAGAAUGGACCUCGGACGAUUACCAAGUCGUGGAAUAUCUGCACCUCCCGAACGGAGAAUGGGUACCUGACCAAACGCAUGAUGCGGACAAGGAAUUUCACACAAUGGUGAAGCAGCAAAAAACGUUUACAACGAUGCGCCAGGAAUUCAACAAGCUGAUAAUCAUCCUGCCCGGAACAAAUGGAGGCACCAUUCGGUUCGUCCCGAUGUGUCGUCAUCCAGACUUCAGACUCUACUGUGGAAACCCGGCCAAGAUCACGCAGACCAAAAUGGUCCCACUUGGCGGUUGCGACAACUAUGAGGCUCUCAAGCAGCUGAACUGGCCCGGGGUCCCCAAAUCUAGCAGCAAAGUUGUCAAGCAGCCUGCUUCGAUGCGUGCCACUUCUAAACUCGGUCGGCUGUCCAGUUUGAACUCGUCUCUGAAAGGACAUACCCCCAAUCCGGUUCCAAGCGGAAGAAAGAGAGCUGCGCCUACCAACGUUGUCGAGCAGGAGCGGGACCAUAAAGUCAAGCACCUCGGAGAAUGGGCCCUGAGUUCGACAGAUGCACAGCAGUCCAUGAUACACGAGGUCCUGAUGAACCUAGCGAACCAAAACGAUAUGGAAAUGAUGAUUGCCCUUGGCAAAGCGGUCGAGGCGCGUGCGAAACUAGCCAGAGCGGUCCAAGCUAAACAGACUAGCUUGCUGUUCGAGCUAGCUCAAAAUUUCCGGGACGCAACAGACGAGACCUUGGCAAAGAUCGAGAUUCGCCGCCACCGCAACCGCCGUGGUGCGGCGGCAUGUCACCACGUCCUGUUCGGUUUGCAACUCCCAGCCAUACCGACAGGGAUCCAGGAGACUUCCGCGGUCCAGGACACUGCACACUUCCUACGCCAAGACGAAGCAAAUGUCCCAGGCCUGAACGACCUGUUCCAAGCGGCCCAACCUAAAGCCAAGAACGAACUUAGCGAGGAAAAAUCAAGCGAGAAGGAUGAAGAAGAGAGCUACCGCAGUCCGACGCAAAGCGCGGAUGAGCAGUAA